AUGACGAGGACCUUCGUAACGUUUCUCCUCGUCCUGGGGAUCUGUCAGGCGAGUUUCAUGCUCAAGAAUAUUGACGAGAAGGAAGUGGAUUUGAAAUACCGGCUGCCCUCCGACGUAGUGAUACCGACCGAUUACACAUUGCACCUCACGCCUGAUUUAAAGAAUUUCACAUUUGAGGGUGAAGUGAACAUAACGUUAAGAGCGCUGACGACGAACAAUACUUUGACAUUAAACUCAAAAGAAUUGACAAUCCACAACGUUAAGUUCGAGGAUUUGGAUACAAACAAGACCUUCAAGAAUGAGUACACGGAGGACAAACAGCAUGAGAUCCUAAUCAUCACAGUAGAUCCCCAGUUCGAAAAGGAUCAUAACUACUCGCUUCAGAUACAAUACAGUGGAAUUUUGAAUAAUAAUUCGAGAGGAUUCUAUAGGAGCAGGGUCAUGGAUGGUGAUAAAGUCACGUACGCUGCAACGACUUAUUUCGAGUCAACGAACGCUCGACUAGCAUUCCCAUGUUGGGAUGAGCCCGCCUACAAGGCGAAAUUUAACAUCCGGUUGACGCACAAUAAGGAAUUUCAAGCGAUCUCUAAUAUGGACGAACUAGAUACACAAGAUAAACAAGAUGGCAUGAUAACCACUUCGUUCAAAGAAACUCCACCGAUGUCUACUUAUUUGGUAGCAUUCGUGGUAAGCGAAUAUAAAUUUAAGGAAGAUAAAGACCACAACUUCACCUAUAGGGUGUGGACGAAGGCGAACGCGAUAGAUCAGACUGAUUACGCUUUGAAAAUGGGUAUGAAGAUUCUAGAACAGCUGGAUUUGUACACGAAUAUUUCGUACCAGACAUUCAUGCCAGAAAAAAUAGAUCAAGUCACGCAGAAGGAUUUCCUAAUCGGCGGCAUGGAGAAUUGGGGACUCGUGAUUUAUAGAGAAGAUAGACUUCUAUACGACGAGGUUUUAAGUACAACCCGCACGAAGAUGAACGUACUCAAGAUCAUCGCUCACGAAUUCACUCAUCAAUGGUUCGGUGAUCUCGUCAGUCCGAAAUGGUGGAAAUAUAUUUGGCUGAACGAGGGAUUCGCCACCUAUUUCGAAUACUUCAUUGCUCACAAGGUAGUACCUGAAUUGCGAUUGGACGAUAUGUUCGUCGUGGAGAGCAUGCAACAGACUGCGAUGGUUGCUGACUGGUCGCCGAAGCAACGUCCUAUGAAUCAGGACGUAACUAGCCCUCAAGAAAUCAGUGCGCUCUUCGACAGCAUCGCCUACAGCAAGGCGGCUUCUGUUAUUCGAAUGAUGUCCCACGCCAUGACGGAAGAGGUUUUCCAGAAAGGCUUGCAACAGUAUCUGAAGAGCACCGCGUUAGGUAAUGCGGAUUCGAAUGACCUUUUCGGAUUCCUCCAGAAAGCCUUGGAUGAGAGUAGGAUUAAAUGGAGACAGCCUGUGCAAGUUAUAAUGCAUAACUGGAUGGAAUACCCGGGAUAUCCGACGUUGACAGUUAAAAGAGUCGAUGGGGGCUACCAAGUGACACAGGAACAAUUCGUGACCGUGCUAAUGGAAAUCGACAAAUACCGUACCAAGUGGUGGAUACCAAUCACUUGUGUUGAGGAAUCGACUCCAGAUUUCAGUAAUACGAUUCCCGACGAUUGGCUCGCCCCGGAGGAGGAAUCACAUAUCGUGCCGUCUGAUAUAAAAGAGGGGUGGUUCAUUUUCAACACGCAGCAAACAGGUUACUACCGUGUGAACUAUGAUGUAGAAAAUUGGGAACUGUUGAUAAAAGAGCUGAACAUGGGGAACGACACCAAAAUACACGUGCUGAAUCGUGCACAGAUGAUUGACGACGCGUUCAAUUUAGCUCGUGUUAACAGUUUGAACUACACGGUCGCUUUGAACGUGGCCCUUUACUUAACGCACGAGGCCGAUUACAUGCCCUGGCAACCGGCGUUCAGACACUUGAGCUUCCUGAGGAACUUGUUACGCACCUCCGAAGAAUAUCACACUUUCAUGGAAAAAAUGAAUGUUUAUAUGCAUUUCGAUUCUGUACUUCUACUUAUAAAAAACAGAUUGGACGUUAACCUGAAGAACGAAAUUCUCUGCGCUGGAGUUAGGAGCGCGAAUGAGAGCGCAUGGUCUGAUACUCGAGUUCACAUAACUGAAUCUGUGCACGAUGCGAACGAUAAGAAGAAUCAGCUGAUGGUCCUAGCCUGUUCCAAUUCGUCUGAGAUUCUGACGAAAUACCUAAAGUUAACUCUCGAUUCAGAUUAUCCGAUCGAUUUCAAGACCGCUGCGAUAGACGUGGUGUCCAGAUAUCCGGCCGGUCCCCAGCUUGUUUUCGAUUUCCUGCUCAAAGAAUACAAACGCAUCACUAAAAUACCGAAUUUCAAAAACGCCAUAGGAGAGGUCGUUAUAGCGAUUGCUGGAGGAAUUACGACUCAGCAGCAGAAUUUUGAU